CCAGGCCCAAGGCCGCGUAAGGGCCGUCGAAGAGAACAAGAUCCGUCGAAGGGAACAGAGGCCUUGCAUUGGCCCGCAAAAACGCGCGCCGGCCUGGGGUAGAGUUGCCUUGUCAUCUUGUUGCAUUGGAGGUUGCGGUGGUGUCGGGAAAACGGGGCUCAGGAUUUGGCGAAAGACACCGUGAUCUCCAAUUGGACGUAGGCUCCCAGUCUCCAGCCAUGCCUGGCAUGUCAGCAGCCAUCGGUCUGUGGGCGCUGCUGGUGACGUGUCCGGCGGCGGCCGACGUGGACGGCACAUGCACGCGGGACGGUUGCGCCGACGACAACCCGUUGCUGUCCAUCCCAGGCGGCACGUUCACCAUGGGCACGGACCAGCCGCACUUCCCGGCGGACGGCGAGGGCCCGGCCAGGAACGUCACCCUCGCCGCCUUCCGGCUGCAGCAGCGCGAGGUCAGCAACGGCGAGUUCGCGCGCUUCGUGGCCGCCACCGGAUACGUGACGGAGGCGGAGAAGUUCGGCACGUCCUUCAUGCCGGAGAGCCUGCUGACGGAGGAGGUGAAGCGGACCAUCGAGCAGGCCGUGGCCAGCGCGCCCUGGUGGCUGCCGGUGCCCGGCGCCACCUGGCGGCAACCCGAGGGGCCCGGCUCCGACACGGACGCGCGGCAGGAGCAUCCGGUGGUGCACGUGUCGUGGAACGACGCGCACGCCUACUGCCGCUGGCUGGGCGGCCGGCUGCCGACCGAGGCCGAGUGGGAGCUGGCCUGCCGCGGCGGUCUGGCCGGCCGCCUGCUGCCGUGGGGCAACAAGGAGCGGCCGCACGGCCAGCACAGAAUGAACACCUGGCAGGGUGUGUUUCCCUCGAAGGACACCGGCGAGGAUGGCUACAUAGGGACGGCGCCCACCUCGGCCUUCCCGACCAACGGCUACGGCUUGCACAACAUGGUCGGCAACGUGUGGGAGUGGACGGCCGACUGGUGGACGACGGAGCACACCCGGCAGCCCACCACAAACCCGACGGGCCCCAAGUCCGGCACGGACCGCGUGAAGAAGGGCGGCUCGUACAUGUGCCACCGCGACUACUGCUACCGGUACCGGUGCGCGGCGCGCAGCCAGAACACGCCCGACAGCUCGGCCGGCAACCUGGGCUUCCGGUGCGCCUCGUCGUGAGGAGGCCGCCGUGGGCCACCCGACCGCCCCGUCCCCGGCUGGGUUGGAAGGGACACAUGGUCCUGAGGAGGCUGCCGCGGCCGCGGGCCACCUGCCCCCCCCCCCCCCCCCCCCCCCACCGAGGAAGACUGCGGAGGCCGGGCGAGCGCCGCUGUGCGUCUGGGAGACGCCGCUGGCCUGGAGGUCUGGCUUGAAAGUGACGGGCUGUGUUCAGUGCUCCGACCACGGACGUGUCAUGGGAAUGGUGACAGUGGCAAUCGGCCGAUAUGGUUCGCUUCAUCACUGAAGGAUGCAAUCUGUACAAAUUAUUCCUACGCCACAGUGUUGCAGUGAGAUGGGUACGUAUCAAUUGGCAACACUUCAAUGGAGGCAUGCUAAUCAACCACCGUGGAUAUGUUUCCUUCAGCGUCUUCCAUUGACGAAGGCCUUAAUGGCAGCGCGGCUUGACAUGCUGCCAGCAUGUAUUCACUUACGUGGAUGGUGAGCGUUUUGAUUACAUCCUGAGAAUUUUAGUGUAUGCCGGUGGUGCACCGCUGGGAGCAGACCGCCGCAGCGAGGCCUUCGUAAGCCAGAUGUUCCGGCGAAUAAAUGACAUCGGUCACUUACAAAGUGCUGCAUGACGUGUUCCAAAUGAACGAUAUCCAAGUUGUUUUUGGAUACGUAUGGCAGGGACUUAAUACUUUUAAUGGAACUGUAGUUCAGAUUUGUUCAGUGUGCAUUGUCUGAACGGCUCGUGCUGUUCCUGAUGCUUUCACGUGCCACAUAUCGCGGGCAUAUGCCAUUUUAUAUUUGUGAUCAUAGUGUGUGGUGAUCUAUGCUGUGCUUUGGGAUGUACUGUAUCCGUUGUGUCUUUGGGAUGUACGACAUGGAAAUACAAAACACAUCUGGGA